CCGUGUUUCUAUAAAUACAGGUAGCACACUUACUGUGUUCUGCCGCGUGUCGUUUAUUUGUCGAGUUACCCAAGGCUCUUCCUCUAAAAUGACGGAUUUAACAGCGGCUCGUCGAACAUUUUUUGGCGAUAUUGGGUUUUGGGCUGACCGAACAGCGUUGCAUGAGGCCGCGUCACUCGGCAGGGCCCUGCAACUGAAGCAGCUAAUAGACAGUGGAGAGUGUGUAAACACGGUGACAGUGGAUAACAUCACUCCACUCCACGACGCCUGCAUUCAAGGACAGCCUAACUGUGCUCGUCUACUGCUUAACGCAGGUGCUCAGGUGGACGUGAGGACCAUCCAUGGAAGCACACCUCUCUGUAAUGCCUGCGCUGCAGGAAAUAUGGAGUGUGCAAAGAUGCUGCUUGACCAUGGAGCCAAAGUCAACCCUUCCCUCACAGCUCUGACAGCCUCCCCUCUACACGAGGCUUGCAUCCGUGGUAAUGCAGACUUGGUGAGACUACUCAUAACCAAUGGAGCCCUGCUGGAAGCUUAUGAUAUCCACUUUGGGAACCCUCUUCACACUGCAUGUGCUAAGGGACAUGUGGACUGUGCCCAGGUCCUGCUCAAUGCAGGCGCCAAGGUGAACGCAACCAAGUUCCAUGAGACGGCCCUCCACCACGCAGCCCGAGUGGAGAUGGUGGACAUGAUCGAGCUGCUGGUGCAGUUUGGGGGCGAAGUGUACGCCAGAGAUAACCAAGAACAAAAACCUAUAGACUACACCGAGCCUGGGUCUCCCUCUGAAGUCUGCUUCAAGUUUUAUGAAAGGGCACGUCUGUCCUCUGACUGCAGGUACGCCCCUGAGUCUACAGCAGCUUUGCAGAAUCGUUUUACGGUCCAAGAUGGGCACCAGGGCUCAGGAGGUCGUAGGUCAACUGGACAUAUGUCACCUCAUCAGAAGCUACCUUCUCUAUGAGUUAUAAUGUUAGACUCCAGUCAUGCACCUCUAUGGACAAUCCUCAGGGAGAAACAUGUCUAUGUCUUAAAAUAAAAGGAAGUCAGUGUGUGAGA